AUGGGAUGUUGCGGUAGUAAAGAAGACCAUGACCAGGAUGACCUUUCAGAACCUAUCCUUCGGAAUCCACACACUCGUCGAAAUAGUCAACCUACCUGUCCCUCCUAUGAUACCUUUGAUGUCAAGAUGGAACAAGACUUUUGGAAAGACGUGAUUGAGCGCACCACAAGUAAUCUCAUAGACAUUUCAAGUGCCCAAGCGGAUCCACUUCAGGGACAGGAUAUUCAAGAAAGAGCUGAUAAGUACCGCUGGCUGGUUGACCGGAUUGCGGUUGGCAUUACGACACCUUGUCAAGUAAUGGACCAAGACUCGCCUGUUGAUGUCUUGGCAGAAGCAGAACCAAACGAAGGAAUGUCUCUCGAAGACCUUGACGAACUUUAUCAAACCAUGGAUUGUAUACAAGACGCCUUGCACAGAAUACAAGUCUCGCCAGUUGGAGAUAUUGUCGUCACCCUUACCCUGAACGAGAGUUCAGCCAUGCGAGGCUAUUAAGCCGCGCCUUUUUCCUCCCUUUUCGCAUGCAUUUCUUUUUCUUUUCUACUUCUCUUUGUCUUUAUCUCAAAAGUCUUCUUCAAAAAAAAACACACACACACGCACACCA